AGUAGGUACAGCACAUGAUCAGAUCAGUAGCGGUCCUGUUACUGCUGGUGUGAGUCGGCAGUAUCGGUCAGGGCCGCGGUGCAGCACUGGGUGUGGCCGGAGCACCGGACCGCACCCGACUAUAUAACGUCAGCAGCCACCUCUCAUGGCACCAGUUCUCCCAGCAACUGUCGCACUCACAACAUGAAGGCCUUCAUCAUUGCCGCUCUGGCGCUGGUGGCCGCCGCCGACCGGCCGGCGUACCCGACCCCGGCCUACGGCCCCCGGCCCGCCUACCCGGCCCCGGCUCACGGCAGCUACAAGCCCAUCGCCAUCCUCGAGGAGGAGAGCGUCCACCCCGGAGAUGGCACCUACAACUUCCACUUCAGCACCGAGAACGGCAUCUACAGGUCUGAGAACGGCGUGCCUCUGCCCGGCUACGGCAAGAACGCCUACGGACAGCCCGAGGGCAGCUACCGCCAGGAGGGCUCCUGGAGCUACACCGACGGAUACGGCAACCCCGUCAAGGUGACAUUUGUCGCCGACGAGAACGGCUACCAGCCGUCCAGCGACAUCCUACCGACGCCGGUGCCCACCCAGUACCCGACCCCCGAGGUGGACCCCUCCUACAUCGAGCCUGCCUACGGCAGGCCCGCCUACCAGCCUGCCUACAACUAAGUCAUCCACACCUCAAUCGAGAUGUGUCUCGUGUGUGCAGUGUGGCCCCAGCCGAUCGACAGCCGCCCACCUCAGUUUCGGUGAAACGGUUAGAGAUCGUCUCGCUGUGCGAGCAACACCUCAGCCAUAACUGGUGACAACUGAGCGUGAGUGGUGAUCUUUGUAUUUAUUUGUGAGUGUUGUGUGUCCGAGUCAGUGAAUACAUGUGUACCUUAUUCUUAG